AUGGAAGCAGAAAAUGAGUACAAGAAAGGGCUGUGGACAAAGGAGGAGGAUAGGGUUCUGCUAGACUACGUAACCGUACAUGGAAGUGGCCGCUGGAAUCGCAUUCCUAAGCUCACCGGUUUAAAGAGGAAUGGAAAGAGCUGCAGAUUGAGGUGGAUCAACUAUCUGAGCCCAAAUGUGAAACGUGGAGAUUUUUCUGAGGAAGAAGAGGACCUCAUCAUCAGACUUCAUAAUCUUCUUGGCAACAGGUGGUCUCUGAUUGCGGGGCGUGUACCAGGAAGAACUGACAACCAAGUCAAGAACUACUGGAACACUCGUUUGUGCAAGAAGCUUGGCUUCAAAAAGCAAACUCCAAAAGCUCUUGCUUCCUCCUCUGAAACUCCAAAAGCCCCGGAUUCAAAUUCUAACCAGUCUUGCAGCUGCGGCACUAGCAGCACUGUCAAAGACAUGGAAGCUCUGCAAAAUUACCAAAACCCAUUGUUGGAUGAUAUUGUUGCAGCUGAGGAUUCAAAUUCAAACGAAGAAAUACAAUGGAUGACCGAGCAUUGCGCAGAGUCGCUUUCUUGUUCUAAUGGUCAUAAUUUGAUUAGCUGGGGCAUGUUGGAAUUUCUACAAGGGCACCCUCUUGAACUUUUGUACCAAAAUUUUGAGUUGAGUUAA